AUGCAGCUUCUACCAUUCAUUCUCGCCAUUUCCAACUCUAUGGUAAUCGGGCAAUUCCUUGUCAACACGUUUGAUUCCGAGUCGGACUGCGAUGGGCAGUGCCCAGAAUUGAAGAAGGGGCGGCUAUCGCUGCAACUCGAUCGAGGCAACAUCAUGAUCUCGCAAGCCCUCUCCGACAACAUGUUGAAGGACCUCGGACUCACAACAAACCAGUACAACCACGGCGUGAUGAUCUUCUACCUCUGUUUUCUCUCUGCAGAAGUGCCGUCGCAGAUGAUCUCGAAGAAGCUUGGGCCUGAUGUCUGGAUCCCUAUCCAGAUGGUCACUUGGAGUGUCAUUGGCAUCUGCCAAGGCUUCAUCACCGGCGAGAAGACCUCUUACACAACGCGCGCUCUGCUUGGCCUCGUCGAGGGCGGCUUCAUCCCAGAUGCGAUUCCGUACCUCAGCUACUUCUACAAGAACACCGAGAUGCCGGUGCGCAUGAGCUACUUCUACUGCUCGUCGUAG